AUGUGUGAGUUUAUUUGGGAAACUUAUCGACGCUUGGAAAUACCGAUAGCUAUUGAAAAUAACGCUAAGUACGUUUGCCAGGGCAUGAUGGACUCCAGAGAUGAAGUUGUCUUAGCUUUGACAGAUGAUAUGGAUACUGGUUCAUCUUCGGACGGACCUCAUAGCCCAUCAACACGACGCUCAGCUGUAAUCGGUCAUUUCCUCUUCCGUUCUUCUGCUUUGAUUAUAUAUAUACUAUGCGCUUGGUUUACAACGUCUUUCGUUCUUCCGUUUAUCUUUAUACUUGUUUGCUUAUCACUCGAUUUUUGGGUUGUAAAAAAUAUCUCUGGGCGUAUCUUAGUUGGUUUACGUUGGUCGAGUUAUACUGAUGACGCCGGAGUGGUACAUUGGCGAUAUGAUUCACGUAAACCUUCACCUAUAGAUUCUGCUGAUGUUUCUUCCCUUAGUCGACGUGAAUUAGCCGCUCGUAUGGCUAGACAACAAUUAUCUCGUUUAUUUUGGAUUGGUUUAAUUGCAAGUCCAGCAAUAUGGUGUAUAUUUUUCUUGGCGUCAUUAUUUUCAUUGCAUAUUCGUUGGGCUUUUGUCUGUACCAUUGCUUUGUGUAUGAAUAUAGCAAAUGUUUAUGGUUAUAUUCGUUGUUGGAUGUCUAAUAUGAAUGAAAGUGAAUCAAAUAUUUUAAAAGUAAUCAAAUCUACAGCGACUAGCAAAAUGUCUAAUUUAUGGCCUUCAUCUCAAACUAAAUCCAAUCUAAAUAACACAUCUGGAAGUGGUCUACCAUUAGUUGCCUAG